AUGGAAAUGAGGUGGUGGCUGCGCUCGUGUAACGAGCUGCCUACGUACCCUGUUUUAGGGAUCAAGCCAGAACGUAGUUCGAUUGUUAUCGGAGUGAUCCGAAGCUCCGAAGUAGAUCGCAACCUCCUCCGCGUAUCUCGUCCACGUGCAACUACCGAUCCCGCUAUUUCCGGAUCUGAACAGUCGAAGCGAGAUUCUCGUUUGACUCGUUCAAACUCAGCUUGUGGACUUGACUCCGUCGAGCUAGAGCUCGACUUCGUCUUCACAAGUAGCUCGGACAGUAAACAGCUGGAUUUUGGACAAGGAUACUUGGUGGGCUCGAGGUCACUUUACUGGGCCUGA